CUGUUGAAGUACUACAAGUCCCAUCAUGCUUCUGCCUCUGGGUGUCUUGCCUGUGAAUGUCAGAGUCUUGCAAGGCCUCAUGGGAUUUGCAGUUCCUCAACACCUGGAGGGCAAUAGUGUGGACACCCCUGCGUUAAGUAUUUUGUUUGCUAUGAUAUCAUUCUCACAAUCUUUUCAUUUGUACUUUUCAGAUUUGGUAAAGCGGAUAGCAGUACAGAAGUUUGGCUCAUCACGCAGUGACUAUCAAAAGCCGGAGAAUGUUGUCCUGACUUUGCAGACAAUCCACUAUGAGAUUGGCUUCAUUGUGGCGACAGCCCUUGGGGUCCUGUUCUUCCUGCUCAUGCCUAUGGUGGGGCUAUGCUUCUGCAUGUGUCGCUGUUGUGAUAACUGUGGCGGGGAGAUGCACCAGAGACAAAAGAAGAAUGCAGACUGUCAGAGAGGAUGCUUCGCCACCUUCCUGUUUGUGACAUCUCUGCUAAUAAGCCUGGGAGUGCUCUGUGCUUUUGCUGCAAAUCAGAAUCUUACUAGCCAGAUCCGAGGAUCAAAGAAAUUGGUGCAAAGCAACUUCAAGGACUUGAAAACUUUGCUAACGGAUACCCCCAUGCAAAUUGACUAUUUAUUGACCAAGUUCAAUAUAACUAAGGAGAAAGCCCUAUCAGAGCUCAAUAAUGUUGGGACAUUAUUGGGGGAUCGUGUCCAUGAGCAGCUUGGGAAGGAAGUGCGCCCGGCUUUUGAUUCUGUUCUUAACAUGGCAGGAGCAAUCAAAGAGACUAAGGAAGCUUUAGAGAAGGUCAGUGUGUCAGUGGAAGUGCUGCAGGAAGUGAUGGACAGGCUAAAUGCAAACCUUACAGAUGCCAAGAUACAGCUGAACAGCACACUUAGUGAUCCAGCAUGUUUAACUGACAUUGCUAUAAUUCCUUGCAACAAAAUCAAGAAUUCCCUUCCACAGCUGCAAGUCAAUGCAAAUUUCAGCGCGUUACCAGAUGUAAGCCGCUAUCUUGAAAAAUUAAACAAUGUUCUCAAAAUUGACCUCAGCAUUUUGGUGCAAAAGGGGUAUGCUGCUUUCAAUAGCACUCCAGAAAUGGUGCAGAAUCAGACCAGGAACAUCGAGAAACAUCGAGAUGUUAAGAAGGUCUUGCAUUCCAUUGGAGUAAAUAUCACACAUUUUUCAAAAAUGAUCCCAAUUAUUCAUGUCAUAUCAAAUUUGACAUCAUACCUAACGCAGAGUGAGAUGGUUGUUCGGGAUUACUACCCUGUGGUUGAACAAUACGACUUUUACAGGUGGUUGGGUUCUCUCGUUCUCUGCUGCAUGGUGACGCUCAUUGUAGUCUUCUAUUUCCUUGGUUUGCUAUGUGGCGCUUGCGGUUAUGACCAGCAUGCAUCUCCGACUACUAGAGGCUGUGUUUCCAAUACUGGGGGCAACUUCCUUAUGGCUGGUGUUGGAUUCAGCUUCAUCUUCUCCUGGGUCCUUAUGCUUGUUGUAAUGGUCACAUUCCUGACUGGUGGAAAUGUUGAAAAGCUGGUAUGUGAGCCAUUUCAAGACAAAUCUUUGUUUAAGGUUCUGGAUACUCCUUAUCUACUGAACGCACAGUGGAAAAACUACUUGUCUGGUGUCUUAUACCAAAAUGCCAAUGUUAAUCUUACAUUUGAAAAGGUGUACAGUGACUGCAAGGAAAACAAGGGCAUUUUUACUGCACUUCAGAUUGAUAAUCUUUUUAAUCUCAAUGAAUUCCUCAACAUCAGCAUGUAUGUAGAUGAAAUAUCAGAACGGAUUGACACAAUGAAUAUCAACCUGAACAGCAUUGUGUUGCUUGAUGAUAAAGGAAAAAAGAACUUACUGGAAUUCAGUGCAACGGGAAUUGAUGGCAUAGACUUUGACGCAUUUCUAUCAGAAGUGGGGAAAAGCAGUACAAAAGCUGAUCUCUUAGCGUUUGCCAAUGAAUUGGAAGCAGAUGCAGACAUGUUGCCAAAAGGAGCAUUAGGAAAUGCUUUAAAAGGACACGCUAAUAGUAUACGGAUGAUACAUAUUCAGCAGAUUGUACCGAUGGAGCAGACAAUGAAAUAUGUUAAAGCUAGGAGUGAUCUGACUCAAAGUAUUAAGUUGUUGGAGAGGACGUCGUUUGACAUUGAGGGAAAGGUGCUUGAUGUCAUCUCAUCCAUUGAUGCAGCACAAAUGCUGAUCAACAAUAAUGCAUCUACAAUCAUAAAGCAGGAAUCUAAGAAAUUUAUGGAUACAGUCAUCGGCUAUUUUGUGCAUUAUGUGCAGUGGGUGAAAGAUUCUAUAGCCUUGGAUGUUGCUGGAUGUAAACCUAUAGCAAACGCUGUAGACACUGCUGUGGAUGUAUUUUUAUGCAGCUACAUUAUCGAUUCAGUGAACUCAUUUUGGUUUGGUUUGGGAGGAUCAACUAUAUUCUUACUUCCUGCCAUCAUUUUUGCUGUUAAGUUAGCAAAGUUCUAUCGCAGAAUGGACACAGAAGAUGUUUAUGAUGAUGUUGAAACUGUCCCCAUGAAAAAUAUGGAAAAUGGUAAUAAUGGUUAUCAUAAUGAGUAUUUGUAUGGUAUACGCAACCCUAUUAUGACA